AUGACUGAUUCUGCUUAUAGAGUAGAUACCAUUUCAAGACUCGCUCAAUGGCGAAUCCUCAAUCUUUCUUCUUCCACUUACCGCAAAUCAGAUCCUUUCAAGAUGGGUCUUUGGAAUUGGCAUUUAUCUGUGGAGAAAAGUAAGAUGCUAUUGAAUAUUAAGUUGUAUCCAGAGGUAUCGAAUCUUACUAGAGAAAAUCCACCAGUUGCUUCAUUUGCUCUUCGUGUUGUGUCUUCUACUGGUGAGAGGAAAGCUUUUUCUCAUCCAGAAGUAAUCGAUAAGCGGAUCAAGACAAACGAAGAUUUUCUUUGGACGAUUGAAGUUCCUUUAACUGGAAAAAUCAUCAUCGACGUCGAGUUUCUUGACUUGAAGGUUCUGUCUCAAGAUAGCGGGGAAUUUUAUUCAAUUUGGGCAGACGGUUCAACGGAGAAUCAAUCGAAAGUUACAGCGGUAUCAUCCUUUGGACGUAUGUUGACAGAAAGCAUAUACACUGACAUAAUGAUCAAUGCAUCUGGUGGAAGCAUUGGAGCUCAUCGAGCUGUUCUUGCUGCUCGUUCACCUGUUUUCCGAAGCAUGUUUUUACAUGACCUGAAAGAGAAAGAGCUAUCAGCAAUAAAUAUACCCGACAUGCCGCUCGAAGCUUGCCAAGCUUUUCUCAGUUAUAUCUAUGGCAAUAUCCAGAACGAAGACUUUCUCAUACACAGAUUGGCACUUCUACAAGCAGCUGAUAAAUACGAUAUUGCUGAUUUAAAAGACACGUGCCAUUUGAGUCUCCUAGACGAUAUCGACACAAAGAAUGUACUCGAGAGGCUACAGAACGCUUAUCUCUAUCAAUUACCUGAACUGAAGGCUAGCUGCAUGAGGUAUCUUGUGAAGUUUGGUAAGAUAUUCGAGAUCCGCGAUGAAUUCAAUGUAUUCAUGCAAUGCGCAGACAGAGAAUUGAUUUCUGAAGUGUUCCAUGAAGUCCUAAGUACCUGGAAAGGAUUUUAA